CAGACAGAAAAAAAAAAAGCUGAUAUCUGGAAACCAAGGACAGCCCCAACAGGACUUCACGUAACUAAUAAUCAGCGCUGUCUCUGUGUCUUGUGCCAGUCACUUUGUGUUUCUGGCAGACUAAAGAGAGAUUGGGUCUGUCAUCCUGCCUUUUUUUUUUUUUUUUUUUUUGUUGACCUUGUUCCUCGCUUGCAGCCAUCUGAAGGGUCUCUCCAAGUGAAUGGUGCCACUUUGUCACAUCUUCAAGUGCCCCCUGAAUUGCUUCUUGUCCAAGGUGUUGAAGAGUUGGCUGAAGCAGUCCCAUCAGAAGGAAGAUUGUGGGCUUUGCAGCGACCUCUCCGCCCUGAUCAACACCUAGCCUCUUACAGAAGACAAUAAGGAAGAGAAUAGUGCAGCUCAUAACUGCACAGCACAUUGGGAGACAGAAAGGAGAAGAGAGAGAGAAAAAAAGGGGGAAAAAAAGGGAAGACAAACUUACAAACCUGGAGUCUUUACUUAUGAUCCAUGGGCAGAGCUUUAGCCCAUCCCAGGCUACCUACAGACAUACUUUAAGCAACCCUUACUACUGUGAUCUGCCAGGACAAGCAUUGUCCCCAAGCCAGAACAGUAUGGAGAUGAGAAGCGAUAGUCCCAGCCUAAGGGACAGUCCGGACCGUCGAAGUAACAGUCCAGAUACUAAAAGUCCUCCUCCAAUCAAAGUGGCCAGAUUGGAACAGAACGGGAGCCCAUUAGGAGCCAGAGGACGACCGAACGGCUCGCUCAACAAAUCCUUGGGAGAUAUUGAGAUAGACCAUGGCAGCACACUUGCUCAAAGCCUCAUGCUUCCUGUCUUCUGUGUGGUGGAACAGUUGGACAACAGGGAAGAACAUGCUGAAUUUGUACUGGUUCGUAGAGAUGUCCUUUUUAAUCAGUUGGUAGAGACCGCCCUUCUUGCCCUUGGGUACUCUCACUCGUCAGCAGCUCAAGCACAUGGAAUCAUUAAAAUUGGCCGCUGGAAUCCAUUGCCUCUCAGUUAUGUUACAGACGCACCAGAUGUGACGGUUUCUGACAUGCUACAGGAUGUCUAUCAUGUGGUGACACUGAAGAUCCAGUUACAAAGUUGUUCAAAACUUGAAGACCUGCCGGCAGAGCAGUGGAACCACGCCACUGUCCGCAAUGCCUUACGUAUGCUGCUAAAGGAGAUGAAUCAGAGCACACUUGCCAAAGAAUGCCCCCUCUCCCAGAGCAUGAUCUCCUCCAUUGUAAACAGCACAUACUAUGCCAAUGUGUCAGCUACAAAAUGCCACGAAUUUGGGAGAUGGUAUAAAAAGUUCAAGAAGAUGAAAGUUGAACGGGACAAUCUAACAGACUACUGUGUGCUGGGUCAGAGACCAGCACAUUUAUCCAGUAUCAACCAGCUGGCAAGUUUAGGAAAGAGCAAUGAGCAGGCACCUCAUAGCCCUCUUCACCAUAGCACUCCUAUCAGAAGUCAAGUCCCACAAUUGCAGCCAAUAAUGAGCCCUGGACUGUUGUCUCCUCAGCUCAGUCCUUCAUUGGUGCGGCAGCAAAUAGCCAUGGCACAUUUAAUAAACCAACAGAUAGCUGUUAGCAGACUUUUAGCACACCAACACCCUCAAGCUAUCAACCAACAAUUUCUAAAUCACCCACCAAUUCCCAGACCUGUCAAGCCAGUAGAGAUCACAAACUCUUCAGUCGAAGUUUCUCCAGAUGUCUACCAGCAAGUCCGGGAUGAGUUAAAAAGAGCAAGUGUGUCUCAAGCAGUCUUUGCAAGAGUGGCCUUUAAUCGCACACAGGGUUUGCUGUCAGAAAUUCUACGUAAGGAAGAAGACCCUAGAACAGCAUCCCAGUCUUUGCUAGUAAACCUGAGAGCGAUGCAGAACUUCUUAAAUUUGCCAGAGGUGGAGAGAGAUCGGAUCUAUCAGGAUGAAAGGGAGAGAAGUAUGAACCCCAAUGUAAGCAUGCUGUCAUCAUCAUCAUCCAGCAGUCCCAGCUCAUCUCGAGUUCCACAGAUGAAAACCGCCACUACUCCGACAUCCGACAUCCAGGUGAAAGUAGAGGGGGAAUCUUCCAAUGUUACCAUCACAGCUGCUGUUUACGAUGAAAUUCAGCAGGAGAUGAAACGAGCAAAGGUGUCCCAGGCUCUCUUUGCCAAAGUAGCUGCUAAUAAAAGUCAGGGCUGGCUCUGUGAACUUCUGCGCUGGAAGGAAAACCCAAGCCCAGAAAACCGUACAUUGUGGGAGAACCUGUGCACCAUACGUCGUUUCCUGAGUCUCCCCCAACACGAGAGAGAUGGCGUGUAUGAAGAGGAAUCUAGACAUCACCACAGUGAACGACUUCAGCAUGUCAUACAAAUCACUCCUGAACCUGUACAGGUACUUUUAGGACAACAAGCCCAGCCAGCCAAAGAGACCUCCCCUCCACGAGAAGAAGCACCACCUGUUCCACCAUCAUCAGAAGACAGCUGCACCAAAAAGCCAAGAUCUCGUACCAAAAUUUCCCUUGAAGCUCUGGGAAUCUUACAGAGCUUCAUCCAUGAUGUGGGUCUCUACCCAGACCAAGAGGCCAUCCACACCUUAUCUGCUCAGCUGGAUCUCCCCAAACACACCAUUAUCAAGUUUUUUCAGAACCAGCGUUACCAUGUCAAACACCACGGCAUCCUGAAAGAGCACCUGGGUAUAGCAGUAGAUGUGGCAGAGUACAAAGAUGAGGAGCUCUUGACAGAAUCUGAAGAGAACGACAGCGAAGGAAGCAUGGAGGAGAUGUAUAAUGUAGAACAGAGUGAAGAAAACAGUGGAAACAUUAAGCCCUCUCUUUCUGAGGUGGAUCAGAGAUAAUAGAACAUAACACCUCACAUAAAAACAUGUCAGCAAUACAUACGUGCAAGAGAAAAUGACUUUUAUUACUUGUAAUGUCCUAUCUCUGCAGCGGUAGAGUGAAUGGAACAAUUCGUUUUUUGUAUUGCUAUCUUGGAAACUUGCCUUGACACUUGAGUGUAUAAAUGACAUGUGACUGGAAGAAAACUAGUUAAAACUAUACCUUUAAUCAUCUUGCACUUAGAGUGGUACUUCAAGCAAACAAAUUACGGGACCUCAAGAUUGAUAAAAUCAAUGAAGGAGAAGUAUUUAUAUAUAUAAGUACACAUAUACACGUGUAUAUGCUUUGAUAUACUGUAUAUACACAUGUGUAUGUGUGAGG